AGUCACACUCAUAAUUUUGGUAUGUUUGCAUGCAUGUGUGUGUGUGUGUAUGUGUGCAUAUUUGUAAGCGGAAUACGAUUGAAAGCAAAUUAACAUUCUGUUACAAUUCCCGUUGAGAGAUUAAAAGAUUCGCCAAAAUUGAUCCGCUAACGCCGACGGCGAGCGCAAGCAACGCAAAAGAAGGCGUUUGCAGAGGCUCCAAACCAAAGGGCGUCGACGCAGCGAACGCGAAUAACGGUACAGUGGCAUUGCUGCCACUGCCUGCUGCCACAAAUCCAACAACAGCAACCACAACAACAGCAGCAGCAACAACAGCAACAACAUCGAACAGCUUUGAUAUCAUUGAUGAAUUGGGUCGCUCGCUCAAUGGCAAAGUGCAAUUGACAGCAGCCAGCAGCAAACAGCUUGUGUUGCACGCCAAGGAGCCCGACACGAUGUCCGGGGAUCAGAAAGUGCUGCUCAAAGGACACGCCUCCCAGUAUGUCAAACUGAAUGUGGGCGGUCGCUUGUAUUACACGACAAUUGGCACUCUGACCAAGCACAAUGACACCAUGCUCAGUGCCAUGUUCAGCGGUCGCAUGGAGGUGCUAACCGACUCAGAAGGUUGGAUAUUAAUCGAUCGUUGUGGCAAUCAUUUUGGCAUCAUAUUAAACUUUUUGCGCGAUGGAAGUGUGCCGCUGCCCGAGACGAACAAGGAGAUUGCCGAGCUGCUCGCCGAGGCUAAAUACUAUUGCAUCACGGAGCUGGCAAUGUCCUGCGAGCGUGCCUUGUACACGCACCAGGAGCCAAAGCCGAUUUGCCGGAUACCAUUGAUAACAUCGCAGAAGGAGGAACAACUCUUGAUUAGUUCAUCGUCAAAGCCGGCGGUGAUUUUGGUGGUGCAGCGACAGAACAAUAAAUACUCCUACACAAGCACCUCGGAUGAUAAUCUGCUGAAGAAUAUCGAACUGUUCGACAAGCUCUCGUUGCGUUUUAACGAACGCAUACUCUUCAUUAAGGAUGUGAUUGGACCGAGUGAGAUAUGUUGUUGGUCGUUCUACGGGCAUGGCAAGAAAGUCGCCGAGGUCUGCUGCACAUCGAUUGUGUACGCCACGGAUCGGAAGCACACGAAAGUGGAGUUUCCUGAGGCACGCAUCUAUGAGGAGACACUGCAGGUGCUGCUCUAUGAGAAUCGCAAUGCACCUGACCAGGAGCUGCUGCAGGCAACCUCAUCGGUUCGCGCCGGCGGCGUCAGUGGCGCCAGCAUGCAUCAGUAUACCAGCGACGAGGAGGAGGAGCGCACUGGACUCGCCCGGCUGCGCUCGAACAAGCGGAAUAAUCCCACUUGACUUAUGCCCAAGUUGGAAUUACCACAGAUUUGAUGGCAAAAUUGCGGUGCUUUCAGCCAUUGCUGGUUCGCUUGAUCCGGGUCCUUGGCACGAGUAUCGCAACAGAAACUCUAUAUAUAUAUAGUUAAAACAUACCAUAUAAACAACUGCCGAGAUUUGCUGAAAAAAAAAAAAGAAAAAAAAACAAACAUGCAAAAACAAUCGGACUAAUUUGGAUAUUAUUGAAACCUCGUGAGGUUAACCUGUUUGCUUUCUAUCUUUAAUCCCCCGAUAGGCCCAAGCAAAGGGCAAAAGUAUUAGGUCUUAAAUAUAUAUUUAAAGCAAGCCAAUCUAGAUACAAGUAUAAAUAUAUUA